CACCGUCUCGGAGGCGGAAUCGCCGCAAAGACGGAACACUUUAGCGUGUAGUUAGAGAAUGGGGUCUGCCUUGUUGGCAAAUCUACUUCUGUGCCUGCUCCUGGUGGCAGGAAGUUAUGUCUCGGGGGAGGUUCUGGACAAGAGGCCCAACUUUGUUGUGAUGAUGGUUGAUGACCUCGGAAUAGGUGAUAUAGGCUGCUAUGGUAACGAUACUAUAAGGACCCCUAACAUCGACAGACUUGCCACCGAGGGGGUUAAGCUGACCCAGCACAUUGCGGCAGCUCCUCUCUGCACCCCAAGCCGGGCCGCUUUUAUGACGGGCCGUUAUGCGCUGCGCUCAGGAAUGGUCAGCACAGGCGGUGUCCAGGUCUUACUGUUCCUGGGAGGUUCGGGGGGUCUUCCACCCGCUGAGACAACCUUCGCUAAGAGGCUGCAGCAACAAGGAUACACCACUGGGCUCGUGGGUAAAUGGCACUUAGGAGUGAACUGUGAAUACAGAGGGGAUCACUGUCAUCACCCGAACCAGCAUGGCUUUAGCUACUUCUACGGCCUGCCAUUCACCUUGUUUAAUGACUGCGUGCCGGGAGAGGGCAGCGAUAUCCUGAUACAUCUCCAGCACAAACUCCAGAAUCUUACCUUAUUACUUGGAAUCGGGCUCAUCACGGCGGUGUGUGUACGUGUGUGUGGGCUUUUUGAAGUCAGUCUGUGGCUCCUGGUACCUCUGUUCCUGGUCAGCACCCUUGCGGCCGCCGUGUGGUAUGUUCCCUUUGGAUUCAUCCCUACCUGGAACUGCAUCAUCAUGAGGAACCAAGAGGUGAUCGAGCAGCCCAUGACGGUGGAGACGCUGCCCCAAAGACUGCUGGGAGAAGCCCAGAAUUUUAUAAAGAGGAAUGCUGAUAAUCCAUUCCUCCUCUUCUUUUCUUUGGCUCACAUCCACACACCGCUGUUCAAAACGCCAGCCUUUGCUGGCAAGAGUCGCCACGGUCGGUAUGGUGACAAUCUAGAGGAGGUGGACUGGAUCGUCGGUAAGGUUACUGAGACCGUGGAUUCUCUGGGCCUAGCGAGCAACACUCUCAUGUAUUUCACAUCAGACCACGGUGGACACCUGGAGGAUGCUGAUUCACUAACUGGCCAGAAAGGAGGAUGGAACAGCAUUUAUAAAGGCGGGAAGGCUAUGGCGGGCUGGGAGGGGGGAAUCAGGGUACCUGGAAUUUUCCGAUGGCCUGGCAGACUUCCAGCAGGGAGAGAGGUGGAUGAACCCACCAGCCUAAUGGAUCUGUACCCCACACUCAAAUAUCUGGCUAAGGACACACACCCCGACAGACAUUUAGAUGGCUAUAAUCUCAUGCCGCUGUUGGAGGGCAAAGCUGUGCGAUCAGAGCAUGAGUUUAUGUUCCACUACUGUGGCAUCUACCUGAAUGCAGUGCGCUGGCACCCACCGGGCAGUGACUCAAUCUUCAAGGUUCAUUAUUUCACUCCCAACUUUUCUCCCCCGGGAGCCGGCGGAUGCUAUGACAUAAAGAUUUGCUUGUGUCACGGAGAACACGUGACGCACCACGACCCUCCACUGCUGUAUGACCUGUUCCGUGAUCCUUCAGAGUCCCGCCCACUCAGUCCGGACUCCGAGCCUCGAUAUGCUGAAGUCCUUGAGGAGACAGCCAAAGCUGUGGAGAGACACAGAAGUACCCUGAGAAACAAACAGAUGUCGCAUGACACUCAUUCUCAGGCCAGCACAGAUUCACACAGUAUUCAAAACCAAAUGACUUGGGAAAAGAUUCUGUGGCGCCCCUGGCUGCAGCCCUGCUGCGGUACUUUUCCGUUCUGUGGUUGUAAAGAAAACACACCACAGUGAUACCAAUCUACUGAAAGGACAUCCAAAAUAAAGCUGUUUGAGAAUUUGAUUGGUGUGGAUCAGCGUGCAUUUCUGAAAUCAAUACAAUUUCUCCACAUUCAGGAUUUUCUGUAGUUUAAACUCGUGUUGAACAGAGGUGUACAAUGAAAUUAAGUGUAACAUAAUUAAAUAUACUGUACCUAUUGUAAUGCAAAAUACAACAAUAGCAAAAUACCACAAAUUCAAAAUUAAAAAGACUUUCCAUUUUAAAGGGAAUUUUAAUUACCAAGAACUUGAUCAAAUUAAUUUAAGACCAAGCUCUGUAACUAAUAGCAUUGUGAAUACAAAACAUUUGGUUUGUUAUGGUUUAGAUACAUUUUCUGCAAAUUUCGUUUGGCCAGUCCACUUAGUUUUUACCGCAUUACAACAAAAAUUGUUAUUAAAUCCUUGUAAAUGAAUAAAUGUGUCAAAUACUGAAUUAUUACAUUUAUGUUGAAAUUUAGAUCCAUUGUUUACUAUUUACUG